AUGGUUAAAGACAAGAAUACAGUCAUCAAGGAGUUCAAUGAGCUCGUCAACAUGGACUCAGACCAGUUGAAGGAGUGGCUCGGCGGUGAGGCUUCAGCCGGUGCAGGUUGGUCCAAGAAUGAUGGCUCAGGCGAGACAAUCGGCCACGAGAGCGGCCGCAAGAUCAUCAAGAUCUUGGAGAAGAACCCAAACAAAGACCCCAGCAAGUACGACGAGGACGACAUUAGCCACAUGCGAAAGGUCGUCUCGUACAACAAGCGCCAUUUGGCUCAGGAAGGAAAGGCAAAGCAGGACCCGGAAAGCAAGAGUGCUAAGUCAUUGAAGAACUGGGGUCACGACCCUCAACUUGAAUGA